GCGGCCGGCGGCAAGAUUCAACCCCCAUCCCUUCCCGGAAAGGCCCUGGUUGAGUGGAGGUGGCUCUCUUUCCCCUCUUUGGCAAGCCAGUCAGUGCACACCCCGAAUUUUCCAGUGGCUGCAGGGUUCUUGUUGGAGCCAAGGGCGCUUAGAGUGCUGAACAACUGGGAUCGAGGGAUAGACUAGGGAGGUCAAGCCCCUCACUAAAAAUGGCACGGUUCCAGAUCGUCUCCGACCUGCAUCUAGAAAAUCCCAAGGGAUACGACUUGUUUGAGAUUGCGCCAAAAGCACCAUAUCUAGCGCUCCUGGGAGAUAUCGGCAAUGUCAGGGACGAUGGCUUCCUCCUGUUCAUCGAAGAUCAGCUCCGCAAGUUUGAGAUCGUCUUUCUCGUGAUGGGAAACCACGAGCCCUUCCACUCUAGUUGGUUGGACGUGAGGGAGAAGCUGAAGCGGUUCUCUGACGAUAUAACACGCAAAGGAGCACAGAUGCAAAAUACCAAGUCCGGGUCUCACAACCUAGGGAAGUUUGUCCUUCUCGACCAAACCCGAUAUGAUCUGGCACCAGAUCUCACGGUUCUGGGGUGCACGUUUCACUCCAAGGUCAGCGAGAUGCAAGAGGAACGGGUUAGCUUCGGCUUGAAUGACUUUUACUACAUCAAGAACUGGUCGGUCGAGGAUCACUGCGCUGCUCACGAAGCUGACCGAGCUUGGCUCAACGAUCAGGUCACUGAAAUUGCAAGAUCCAACCCCCAUCAUAGAAUUGUGAUCUUUACCCAUCACAGUCCAACUGUUGCACCUCUGGCGGUGGAUCCCGCGCACGCGAAGAGUCCCAUAUCAUCGGCGUUCGCGACGGAUCUCGCCGGAGAGGCGUGCUGGGAGAAACCCCAGGUGCGACUGUGGGGAUUUGGCCAUACGCAUUACAACUGUGACUUUACAGAUAGUCGAACGGGGAAGCGUAUUGUGGCGAACCAGCGAGGCUAUUACUUUUCUCAAGCAAAGGUUCAGCUCCAUUUCGAUAUGGCGUCUAUUACCCGUGCGUUGCGGCCUUUGUCGCGCACUGCUACCUCCGCCCGCCUUAUCGCAAGACCACCGUUGUCGGCCAGGCUAGCUGUGAGCAGCACCCAUGCGUUUUCCACCACCUCCCGCCGGCGGGAUGUCGACCUGUCCGGACUGACGCCCACCCCGAUCACCUUCCUCUCCGAAACAGAGUCCUUAAUGUCCGAAUCCGUCAAUAAGUUUGCUCAGGAGCAAAUAUCGCCCAAAGUCAGAGACAUGGAUGAAGCGGAGACCAUGGACCCUGCCGUGGUCGAGCAACUCUUCGAACAAGGACUGAUGGGCAUUGAAAUUCCGGAGGAAUACGGUGGUGCGGGGAUGAACUUCACGGCGGCGAUCGUGGCGAUUGAGGAGCUUGCUCGCGUCGAUCCUAGUGUUAGUGUUCUUGUAGACGUUCACAACACCCUAGUCAACACCGCUAUCAUGAAGUACGGUGACGCGCAGGCAAGACGCACAUGGCUGCCCAAGCUGGCUACUGGCACCGUCGGCUCUUUCUGUCUGUCGGAGCCGGCCUCCGGAUCGGACGCGUUCGCCUUGCAGACCAAGGCCGAGAAGACGGCCGAUGGGUACAAGAUCAACGGAUCGAAGAUGUGGAUUACCAACGCCAUGGAAUCCGGCGUGUUCCUUGUCUUUGCCAACCUUGACCCCAGCAAGGGUUACAAGGGUAUCACCGCCUUCAUCGUGGAGAAGGAUACCCCGGGAUUCUCCAUUGCGAAGAAAGAAAAGAAGCUGGGCAUCCGGGCCAGCAGCACCUGCGUGCUCAACUUCGACGACGUCCUGAUCCCCAAGAGCAACCUGCUUGGUGAAGAAGGCCAGGGAUACAAGUACGCCAUCAGCAUUCUGAACGAGGGACGAAUUGGUAUUGCCGCCCAGAUGACCGGGUUGGCCCUCGGCGCCUGGGAGAAUGCUGCACAAUACAUCUGGAAUGAUCGACGCCAAUUCGGCCAACUGAUCGGCGAGUUCCAGGGCAUGCAGCACCAGGUGGCACAAGCGUACACUGAGAUCGCAGCCGCCCGUGCGCUGGUCUACAACGCGGCACGCAAGAAGGAAGCGGGACAAGACUUCGUGCAAGAUGCCGCAAUGGCGAAGUUGUAUGCCUCGCAAGUUGCUGGCCGCGUGGCUGGCUCCGCAGUGGAGUGGAUGGGAGGCAUGGGCUUCGUGCGUGAAGGUAUCGCCGAGAAGAUGUUCAGGGAUAGCAAGAUCGGCGCCAUCUACGAGGGAACCAGCAACAUUCAAUUGCAGACGAUUGCCAAGUUGCUACAGAAGCAGUAUACUCGCUAAGUGAAACGAUACCUUUUUUUUUAUCUUUUUUUCUUUUUUUCCCCCCACUUGUUCCAUGUUAUCAUCCGUCAUUCGAUUUAUGGUUCCGUUUCAUAGAUUGAGAUCCGAUCCAUCCUAGAUACAUACACAUGACACACUAUCCUAUACUACAUUUAUCCUCUUCUUAUGUCACUUUAUGUAUCUUUAUGACUUAAUAUCCUCACAUCCGAAGAAGGGUAUGAAAAUCAACCGAACCUCGUGUCGAUCUAGCCGAGAAACUCAAAUUCCAAACCAUG